CUACGUGGGCGGAUUCCUCUUCCUCAUGUACAAGCUCUCCUUCCUCGAGGCUCUCAUCUUCGGAUCCCUCAUCUCCUCCACCGACCCCGUCGCAGUGCUCGCCAUCUUCCAGGACGUGGGAGCCGACACGAAUCUCUAUGCGCUUGUGUUUGGCGAGUCUGUGCUCAACGACGCGCCUACAGCAGACCCAACUGGUUCCUCUCUCUACCUCUUCCAACCGCACAGGACUGUGAUGACUAUCAUUCGCAACCCUGCAGCAGACCCGAGCAUAUCGGCUGCAUUCCAAUACGCCGCCAUCACCUUUGCAGGCUCCACCUCUAUUGUCUGCACAACCUCGAGUGCUGCCUCAUCGUUCUCUUCCCGUACAUCUCCUAUCUGGUAGCGGAGGGCCUUGCUCUCUCAGGCAUUGUUGCCAUCCUCUUCUGUGGGAUUCUCAUGAAGCGGUACACCUUCCCCAACCUCUCCGAGGUGGCACAGGUCCUUUCUGCUGGCUUCUUCCAGCUCAUUGCCUCCAUCGCUGAGACCUUCACCUUCAUCUACAUGGGAACGGAAAUCGCUCUGGGGGAGCACCAGCGGUGGGGGCACAUUAGCUUCAUCUUCUUCUCCAUCAUCUUCAUAGGUGUAGCAAGGGCCGCGAAUGUGUUUCCGUGCGCACAUCUCAUCAACCUCUUCCGCCCUCCCUCCAAGCAAAUACCUGACAGCCAUCAGAAGGCGCUCUGGUUCAGCGGUCUGCGAGGAGCCAUGGCAUUUGGGUUGGCCCUGCAAGCAACUCAUGACCUGCCCAACCACAGCCAUGGGAGGGCGAUUUUCACCACCACGACCGCCAUUGUCAUGGUCACUGUGAUUCUUCUGGGUGGCAGCACGUCCACUGUGUUGGAGCGGCUUCGUGUGACGGGGGACAGAUACAGCCAGUUGAGACAGCCGGAUGACACAUCGGAUGAGGAAGAAGAGGAAGGCAGUGGCAUGAUGCACGGCCUCAUAGAUGCACAUGAGGACACACAUGGGAGCGCGCGCGGCCAUGGGCAUGGUGAUGGGCGUGGGGGAGGGCGAGGGGGAGGGCGAGAAGGAGGGCGAGGAGGAGGGGAGCCGAACGGGGUUCCGUUUUUGCCCCAGAAGUUGGAAUCUGCUGAUGCUUAUUCCCAGCACCAUGUCAACAUCCUGCCAGAAAACCCUUCCUUUGAGGAUCUCGAUUCGAAGUACAUCCGACCGUUUUUCACUGCAGAGCCGGCACCUGAUACACGGCGCAGGGAGGGUGGAGGGGCGGACAGGGGGAGUGAGAGGGGCAGAGGGGGAGGAGUGGGAGGGGGAGUGGAAGGGGGAGUGGAAGGAGGAAAAGGAGUGGGUGGGGGACCGGGAGGAGUGAGGUCACCUCAAAUCACCUCCCCACAGAGGAGGGGCGAUGUUGGUGGCGGUGGCGGUGGCGGCCUUUCGGGGAGUUUAUUGGAACGAAGGAGCUCUUUCCGGUCUGGUUCGCCCACUUCACACAGCGCACAGAGAGGUUCGGGAGGAGAGGGAGGUUCGGGAGGUUUGGGAGGGGGGUCACCAGAAGCCACCUCCCCACGGAGGAGGGGUGAUGCGGUAGGGCCAUUUGGGAGUCCGCCGGAUAAAAAGGGUAUUUUCCAGCUGGGUUCGCCUGUGCCUGUACGUGGUGCUCGAUAA